AGUAAAGUCAUACGAUUAGCACAGCUCGCAUAGACAUAAAUGCCUGAGAAUUCAAACCCACCAUGAUAGCAUUGACAAUAUCAUUGUUAUGCUUCUUCAGCGCGCUCACAGCCUUCGGGCGGGUAACACCCGCCUGCUGCAUAACCAGCUCGACAUCCUUCGCCUCGACGCCCUCCUCAUCGACAGCCUCUUCGUCGUCGUCGGCGAGCUCGGGGACCUCCUCCUCCUUCUUGGGCUGGGGCUCGGAGUUCUUGAACUGGUUGGCGGCGGCGGCCUGCGCUUGCGAGUUCAUGUCCUCGAUCUUGGCUUCGCCGAAGACGAUUCUUUCAACCAAUCAACCAUCGACCAUCGAACGUCAUCCAUCAACACCCAUCAACCAUCAAUCACCCAUCAACAAACGAUAUAAUGCUCGCGCCGCUCGCGACGAGGAGAUUGGGCUGGGUGGGUGAGUGGAAUAUUGCGCCUUCGGCGCAAUGUGGAGCUCGCUUCGAUCGCAAAAGAUUUGACACUUGCUGAGGCUCGCUUAGAACCGUAAUUGGUGGAAGGUUUGCGCCUGGCCCAAUGUGGCUCGCUUCGCUCGCGAAGG